ACCCGGGGUGCCAGUUGCGCUGGGGAGGCAGACGGGGAGUGAGAGCAGGAGAGAAAGGUAUGGAGCAGGCUCUCCUGCCUGCCCAGGGUGCCACCAUCUCUUCCACCUGAUGCUAUUUACUCGUGCUGCACUUGCUGUCUGAAUGCUGUGCAUUACAGGUUUUUUUAUUUUUUUUAUUUUUUUUUUUUAUUUUUUGGACAGUGGGAAAAAAAAUCGGAGUGGCUGGAUAAAUAACAUAGUUGGAAAGGGCUUUUUAUUCUUCAAUAGGGUGAUGCUGUGGCCAAGGUUUAUCUGGGUCGGAGGAACCUGCAGAACCGGUAUCUUCAUACAAACUCCAGGUCCGCCUGUAACACAAGGAAAAGAACAGGCACAUUAGGACUUUUAAAAUGACCUGUAAUAGGCAAAUGAAGCAGCCCUGAGAAGAAGCGUCCGUGGCUAUGAACAACGUGAAUUAACAGGAGUGAGUGUUGCAUACCUUCAUGCACCCGUUAUACCCUAUAUCUGUAAUAAAAUAGUCACAGCCCCAGACAUGGGCUCUGCUGCUCCGGCACAUGUAAAGCUUUUGAACUGGUUGCCGUUGCUGUUGAGUCUGGUAUCCUGUUCUGCCCAAGCUGAGGAUAAGCCCAAGCUGAGCAACAACUUAUUGCCUCACGACGAACUUGAUCAUGAGGAUGCUGUUGGCUCUUCACAAGAUACAAGGCUACAUGUUUUCACAGUGGACUAUGACUAUGUGCAAAUUCCCUACGAAGUUACUCUUUGGAUCCUCCUUGCCUCUCUUGCAAAAAUAGGUUUCCACCUCUAUCACCGACUACCAAGACUCAUGCCCGAAAGCUGCAUCCUUAUUGCCAUUGGAGCACUGGUAGGAGCGAUAAUCUUUGCUUCUGAUCACAAAUCUCCACCAGUGAUGAACACAAGUAUUUACUUCUUGUAUCUCCUUCCACCCAUUGUCCUGGAGGAGGGUUAUUUCAUGCCAACUCGCCCAUUUUUUGAAAACUUUGGGUCCAUCCUGUGGUGGUCUGUGCUGGGAUCUCUUCUAAACUCAUUUGGGAUUGGGCUCUCCCUCUACGGAGUCUGCCAGAUUGAAGCCUUCGGCCUGACCGACCUGAACCUGCUUCAGAACCUGCUCUUUGGCAGCAUGAUUUCAGCUGUGGAUCCUGUGGCAGCUCUGGUAGUUUUUGAAGAAGCCUCCGUUAAUGAGCAGCUUUACAUGAUGAUCUUUGGAGAGUCAUUGCUAAAUGAUGGCAUAACUGUGGUUUUAUAUAACAUCUUCAUCGCCUUUACCCAGAUGCACAGGUACGAAGAGAUCGAAUCCAUCGAUGUCUUUGCUGGCUUCGCUCGCUUCUUUGUGGUGGGGCUGGGUGGCGUGUUGUUUGGCAUCGUCUUUGGAUUUGUUUCAGCACUCAUGACUCGAUUCACCCACAACGUUUCCGCUAUCGAACCCCUGCUGGUCUUCAUGUUCAGCUACCUGUCAUACUUGUCCGCUGAAACCCUUUACAUCUCAGGCAUUUUGGCGAUGACAGCAUGCGCAGUGACAAUGAAAAAAUACGUGGAGGAGAAUGUUUCCCAGAAUUCCUAUACCACAAUAAAAUAUUUCAUGAAGAUGCUGAGCAGCGUCAGUGAGACCCUGAUUUUUGUGUUCAUGGGAGUGUCUACAGUGGGGAAAAACCACGAGUGGAACUGGGCCUUCAUUUGCUUCACUCUGCUCUUCUGCCUCAUUUGGCGAACACUGAGUGUAUUUGCUCUCUUCUACGUCAGUAACAAGUUCCGAACCUAUCCCUUCACCUUGAAAGACCAACUCAUUAUUUCCUACAGUGGCCUUCGAGGAGCCAGCAGUUUCUCUCUUGCAUUCUUGCUUCCAGGGAAGCUCUUCCCAAGAAAAAAAUUGUUCAUCACUGCUACUCUUGUAGUUAUAUAUUUCACUGUGUUCAUCCAAGGAAUCACAAUUGGACCAUUGGUCAGAUAUCUGGAUGUUAAAAAGACCAACAAAAAGGAGUCUAUCAAUGAAGAAAUUCAUGUGCGAUUGAUGGAUCACUUGAAGGCUGGUGUUGAAGACAUAUGUGGACAUUGGAGUCAUUAUCAGCUAAGAGAUAAAUUUAAGAAGUUUGACAAUAAGUAUUUAAAGAAAAUCUUGAUUCGGGAACACCAGCCCAAAUCCAGCAUUGUGUCAUUGUACAAAAAGAUGGAGAUAAAACUGGCCAUAGAGAUGGCUGAGAGUGGCAUGAAAAUUUCAAAAUCAUCUUCAGCUGCUUUACAGAGUGGCAGGAAUUGGCGUGUACAUAGGCUCUCCCCCGCAGAGGUGGAGUCCAUGAGAGAUGUCCUGGCACAUAAUCUAUAUCAAGUGCGACAAAGGGCACCGACAUACAGCCGACACAACCUGCCCGCCAACACAAAUGAGAGAGAAGCCCAAGAAAUCCUCAUCCGCCGCCAGCACAGCCUGAGACAGAGCUGCAGGAAGGGAAACAGCUUGCCUUGGGGUAGACCGGCUAAUACCACAGAGGUGCGCUACCUCUCCUUGCCCCAGGGCCCCAGCCAGCCCACUAGACGAAAAGCCAGGCGUGUUACUUUUACAGAUCACCCCAGAAGUGGUUCUGAUACUGCGUAUCCAGCAAUGUUCAGACCCCAGCCCCGACUACGACCACUUGAAGCAAAGUACCGCCAGGAAGAGCUGAUUCCAAUGGCGCGCUUGGAUAGACGGCAGGCCCACCCAAUCCUUCAGGUCGAAGAAGAAAUUCAACGAGCCAGCAUCAUUUCACCAGAGCAGACAAUAAAGCUCUAAUGCCAAAGUCUCGAUUCGCUGUGGGAGAAGGAGAAGGGUAUGAGUCAGAAGAAGAGACAGAAAGGAUGGCACCAGCCAGGCCAUUAGCCAUAUGAGGAGCAAAGAAGAGCAAUGUUUGCAUCUCUAGGGCCCUCUGUGCACUGCUCCAGAGAAAAUAACAAAGCUCUUAUAUGAAUCAAACCACAAUUUUCCUUUUGGGACCUGUGCACUCGCUCUCGUAUCACUUUCAAGUGCUGUAUCAAGGUACUUAGUGGCUCGGAGAAGCCUCAAACACUUACAUGUUUUUAUCAAGCUUUCUUUCCAACAGAACACUGCAGGAAAGAGGGGAACGUGAUCUUUGUAGAAGUUUGGACAUGGAUUUAAAUGACAAUAGUUGAGCACGUGUAAUGCUCUGGCUGGAAGCUGAUAAUCCCUUCCUCUGUUCUGUGCUAUGACCUACACGUAGAAGAAGGAAACACUGAAGGACAUGCUUGACACAUGACUGCCCAGAUUGGUAAUUUCAAUUAGUUUAGUGCUUUCCACCUCAGAGUAUCUGCAAUAUUCUAGGAAAUGGUUAAAAAUAUUAAAAAACUCCAUUUUUUUGGCACCUAAAUUUCACUGAAGAUGCCUAAAUGGGUACUUAAGUCAAAAGGAUAUUUUAGUGGACACUUUCAGCACUUGGUAAUCUGUUCGCAUUUCAGGUUUUGGCUCUGCAAAAAUGCCUAAAGUCAGUUGCUAUGACGGUCCAUAACUCCUGCUACUUCAACCAAUUUCAACAUGUAGGCACCUGUCACCCACCUACAAUUGUUUGGGAUGAAUAAAGGAGGCAUCCUGGUACGUACAAAUCCAGAGAGGACUCUGCAGGCUGGGUGCCUUUUAUUUGCAAAUGUGGGAUGGCAAGAAUGUACACAAUACUCUGGUGGUUCAGCAAGUGUGAGGCUUCAUUAGAGCUUCUAACCCCCAUUCCCUAUUCCCACAUUGCCAGAGGGUGUCCAAAUCAGCGGACCACUCUUCACGCUGAAGCUGGACCAGCACUGCACAUAGGGAGCAAGAAAACUGGGCCAAAAUGUAAAGGCAGCCUAACUUUGUAGCCAGCUGGCUAGCAUCAAAGAGGGGCCCUGUGUUUUGCUCCCAGGUUUUUGUAGGGUAUCUGCCUAUAUGUCGUAUGGAGAAGCAUUUGCUAAAAAAAAAACAAACCCACAGAAAGAACCAGGGGACAUGGCAGGGGCCUGGGACCUGUCAGCCUUCCUACUGAGCUACCUUCCAACUGGCUCUGAGUGCCCAUGCUCCAGUCUCAACAGGGUGUCUCCCUAGUGGUAGGAGAAGCAAGAAGCUACGGUCUUGAGUCCUUUGGGAUAAAGUUUGAAAUCCCAGACACCUAGUUCCUCUGAUGGACUUCUUUUCUGCAAAAUGGAAGCAGCAGUGACAGUCAUUUGUGUCUUGAACCUAAAGGUGAGCUGAUUUUAUUCAAAGGGAUGAUCCGAGUCCAAAAGUCCAUAAGCCCUCCUUUAUAGCUGCACUAAAUGCAAAUCUACACCUGAGAAAUGUGCCAAGUUCAGUCAUGCUUUCUUCAGCUCUCCCUUUCUCUCCCCCAUUGAGAGCUUGCUUAGCUGCCCAACUCAAGGUCUGUAAACGCUGUGGUAAGACUCAGAGAAGCAGGAAUUAAGAGGUAGCAGUGCCACUAUUAUAUUUCUCUUUUAUAUAUUACUGUUAAAUGCUUGUAUGUCCCGGUCCAGAAAAAACUUUUAAGUGAAGUUAUGACUUCACAUUUCAUACAAUGGAUUUCUGAUUCAGGACAGGUGACAUCUAAACUAGCAAAUUUGAAAAGCUCCACCAGAAGAAAAAAAUAAAAGGCCUUUUUCCCCUUUUCUCAUGUUAGCAGGUUUUAUGUUUAGCAAGUCACAAUGAAUCAUCUAUACCGAAAUUGUAAAAAGCUUUAUGGAAUGUAAGUUCUAUUUGUAUUUCCUCUUUCUGCCAGAGAAAUUGUACAACUUCCUUUAAUGAAAGCAGUUGCACAUUAUUGAAAGAAGGUAGGAUUUGGCUUUUGUACCAACACUGAAUAAGCAAUGAAAUACAGCUCUGUACCUGAAAAUCAACAAAUAAACCCAGCUCCACAAAAAGAGGAAGUGCUCCA